GCACGAACGAAAACAACCGGUUGCUUGGUGAAUGGCAGACAUAUGAUUACAACUCGGGUGAAGUUUUCACGUGUCUUUUUGUAACGCUUGCUUCUGUCAAACGUUCGCGAUAAGAUUAUUUACUUUUGGUGUGUUGUUCUGCCUUAAAGAAUGUCUAACGGGACUAUAGAAGGCAAGCAACCACUUAGCGUCCAGCCAGGGGAGCUAAGGACAUUCCUACAGGCUCUAAGAGGCGACAUUUUGAGAGACGUUGACAGAAAGCUGUUUAAAGCUAUAGAUAGCUUAGUUAUGGAGCUUGAACUGAAGCAAAGAAAAACUCAAAAUGGAAUUAAAGAAAUACGCUCACCAGAAAAGAAGGAAGAAAAACCUAAAGAGUUACCACCAAAGGAGUUUGUCUUGAGAAAUUCAACUUUGACGAAUUUGUGGGAAGUUACUCAUCUGCGUUCAGUGUACAAUAUAUGUCUAGCAAUGUUUGUCCUUCUCUAUCUAAAUAUCACAAUUUUCUAUUCACUUGAUUCUGCAAAAUUAAAUAAAGAUAUAUCCAUUGUAGCAUGGACAUUUGGGAAAUUUUAUAUAGUAACUGCUGUUUGGUUUGGUAUGAACUUUUCAAUAGUUUUUUUACUUUAUCCAACAUUUCGAUUUUGGGCUACCACACGAUCUGAAGUUGUAAAAAAGAAAGGACUAUAUGACACAAUGUUCACCUUCUUAUUCUUCAUAUACCAAAUGGGUUUACUACUGAUACCAGCAAAUAUAAUUGUCUCUUAUAACUUACCACCUGUGUCUUCAUUUACAGUACUAGCGGAGCAGUCCAGAUUGAUGAUGAAAACUCAUGCAUUUGUGAGGGAAAAUGCUUCACGUGCUUUGAGAUAUAAACCACAUCAAGAUGGUGAUAAAGAAGAUUCAAAACCAUGUCCAGAAGUUGGGAAGCUUAUUUAUUUUCUUUUUGCGCCUACAUUAAUUUAUCGUGAUCAUUAUCCAAGAACACCUCAUAUUCGCUGGAGUUAUGUAGCCUGGAAUUUUCUCCAAGUUUUGGGAUGCAUACUUGGUGCUUACAUUCCUUGUACUCACUUCAUUGUGGAUGUUUUCAACAAAAUAGGAAUCGAGCCCAUUCCACUGGUGAAUUUUAUGGGCGUUCUGGCAAUGUCUGUCUUUGCUGGAGGUCUGCUUAUGUUCCUAGUGUUUUAUGGGAUGUUUCACUGCUGGCUCAAUGCUUUUGCUGAAAUGUUACGUUUUGGGGACCGAAUGUUUUAUGAUGAUUGGUGGAAUUGUACUUCUUUUGCAAAAUAUUAUCGAUCUUGGAACAUGGUAGUCUACGAUUGGUUAUAUUCAUAUAUUUAUAGGGAUAUGUACACGCUUUUAGGAAAAAGCAGAGUUGGUGCUAUGCUUGUUGUGUUCAUGAUAUCAGCUAUAAUUCAUGAAUAUAUUUUAGCUGUGUGUUUCAAAUUCGUUUUUCCUUUGCUGUUCAUAUUAUUCUCUACAUUUGGUAUUAUAUUAGUUUUCAUCACAAGAAGAAGAACAUCAAGUUUUUGGAAUGUGUUUCUUUGGGGUUCCAUGUUUCAAGGAUGGGGACUUCUAACUGUAUUCUAUAGCAUGGAGUGGUAUGCUAGAAUCAACUGCUCAAGAACACUGGACUCAUGGCUAGAUUAUGUUGUUCCUAGAUCAUUCACCUGUGACGUCAUUUCUUUGCCUUCCUAGUAAAAGAUGUCUUCAUUUGAGUUUUUAACAUUUUAACAAUGACUAUGUUUAGCAACAAGUGUAAAUAAUUAUUGCUAUUUUCAUUGUAUAUUUGACCUUAUCAACAUGAACAUACUAAAGGAAACUUGUUUAUAUUAUCUGUAAUUCAUAUGCAAAAUACACCUAAUGGAAAAAUAUUUUGAAGGUUAGAAGUCCAAAAGGGCUUAUGUCGGGGAAGUUUAAAUAAGUUGAUGUUGGAGGAUGAAAUAUUUCAUUUUAUGUUGUGUAUGUGCUUGUUUGUGAGUGUGGAAUUGGUAUUUUAAAACUACUAUUUUUAGUUUUGCGUGGAGAAAAAAAUGUAAGCAUGUUUUUAAAAAAACCUCACUUGUUGUUUUGCUUAUGAAUGUUAUCAAUUUUAAUACGUCUAAGUUUCUAAGUAUUUCUGAGAGUUUGGAAAAAUUUAGAAUUUGCAUUUGUCAAACUGCAACUGUCAUUUCAUUGUAAAUAACUUGGAAUAAUAUAUUUUGAUAUUUAUUUAUUUUUUAAAUUUUAUUUAUUGAAAAUAUUUACAGUGUGAUACAGUAUAUGGUUGAAAGGACCACUGUAAGCAUAUGAAAGCUUCCAGUGUAAUAAUCUAUUUUUGUACAACUUGUAAUUUAUUUGUAUAUAAGCUCGAUUCUGUAAAUCAUGUUGUUUUAACAAAUUGAAUGUAACUAAUUGUUAAGAUUGGAUAACAUAUCAAAAAGUGAAUGUUGUAUACUUUGAAGUGAUAUAUAUUUUUAAAAAAGUAUUACGCAUAUUGAAUAGAUGUUCAAUACGCAUGAAUAUAUAGUAUUACCACCUGAUAUUUUGUCAUUAUUGUUAUUUCUUCCUAACCAACAGCUUUUAUAGUUAUAGUUCUUUUACAACUUCGAGUGUUAAUAUAUUUUUUAAAGUCCGACUGCAAUAUAUUUUUUAAUAAUAUAGAAUGUUAAGACAACAAGUAUUGGAUUUACAAAACAUUGGAAAUUUUAAAUACAUUUUUAGAACUAUAUGAAAUAUAUUAACAGAUUUAUUAUGUACCUAAGAUAUAUUUAUUAAAUAAUAAAUAUAUUUAGAUGAGACAUUUAUAGAAAAUAAUUUUAUUAAUAUUCUGGUAACUUUUAUUUUGAUUACUGUAUUGAAAAUGGAUAGUGUGUAUAAAGAAGAUCAAUAAAAAUGAAAUCAUAGCCUUGUUUAAAUUUUAAUUAUCUUAAUUAACAUCUCACUCAACUUUCACUGUUUUAACAUAUUGUUAAAUUUUGAAUGCAGUUAUUGGUAACUGAACAGUAAAGAGUAAAAAAAGAAAAAUAAUUUUUCAUUCAAAUUCAAAUGUAAGUACCUACAAAUAUGUAUUUGAAAAAAAAAGGAAAAAGUAAAAAUUGAUUAUUAGUCGUACAAAUAAAUUUUUAUUUUGCUUUACAUUUUGAUAGUGUAGAUAACAAAAACUUACUGCAGAAUGUUAAUACUUUUUAAAAAUGUGUCAAGGGUUUUUGACGUUUUAUUUUCUACAUGUAAAAAUCUAUUAAUAAUGCAAAUUAUUGACUACUGAAAGUGUUAUGAAAUUAGCGAAUUAUUUUAGUUUUCAUUCGUAUUUAAAGAAUUUCCAUUCAAUUUUUGUCAUGCCACAUUGUUAAAGUUUAACUGCAUUUAAAUGUAGCUUGUAAGAGAUAGUCAAGAGAAAAAUAAGUAAACAAAUAAAAUAUA